UCUCCCAUUUCUGAGUUGAGUGACAUUUAUUAGGGUCACAGAAUCACCCCAGCUCCUAAUCCUUUCUUUCCUUCUAUGAAGCAGAGCUAAGAAGCCGAUUUGCUUUGAAAGGAAGAACUACAGCUCCCAGAGUGCACCUGUGCGGUUGUCAGGAGCAACCAAGGAAUGCAGACUAACAGCCCUGCUGGAGACAGGACUAUCCACCAACCACUGCCAGCCAGCCAUGGGCCAGGAUUAUUACUCUGUGCUCCAGAUCACUCGCAAUUCAGAGGAUGCCCAGAUCAAAAAGGCGUACCGGAAACUUGCCCUUAAAAACCACCCGUUGACGUCAAACGAGCCAUCUGCAGCAGAGACGUUCAGGCAAAUAGCAGAGGCCUAUGAUGUGCUGAGCGACCCUGUGAAGAGAGGCAUCUAUGACAGGUUUGGAGAGGAGGGCCUGAAAGGUGGAAUUCCUCUGGAGUUUGGAUCCCAGACCCCAUGGACAACUGGUUACGUCUUCCAUGGCAACCCUGAAAAGGUUUUCCAUGAGUUCUUUGGAGGAGACAACCCAUUCAGUGAGUUUUUUGAUGCAGAAGGAAGUGAGGUGGAUUUGAACUUUGGGGGCCUCCGGGGUCGAGGUGUCAAAAAGCAGGACCCUCCAAUUGAACGGGACCUCUACCUGUCUCUGGAGGAUUUAUUCUUUGGCUGCACCAAAAAAAUUAAGAUCUCCCGAAGGGUGCUGAACGAGGAUGGGUACUCUUCUACCAUCAAGGACAAGAUCCUGACAAUUGAUGUGAAGCCUGGUUGGAGGCAGGGCACACGUAUCACCUUUGAGAAAGAAGGGGACCAGGGCCCCAACAUCAUCCCAGCUGACAUCAUCUUCAUUGUGAAAGAGAAGCUACACCCUUGCUUCCGCAGGGAGAACAAUGACCUCUUCUUUGUGAACCCUAUCCCUUUGGGCAAGGCUCUCACCUGCUGCACCGUGGAGGUGAAGACCCUAGAUGACCGUCUGCUCAACAUCCCCAUCAAUGACAUUGUCCAUCCCAAGUACUUCAAGAAGGUGCCAGGUGAGGGGAUGCCAUUUCCUGAGGACCCCACCCAGAAGGGGGACCUCUUCAUCUGCUUUGACAUCCAGUUCCCUACCCGCCUCACACCGCAGAAGAAGCAGAUGCUGCGUCAGGCUUUGCUGACAUAACUGUGGUGGGCUGGGGGCUGUAGCAGGGGUGGGAGGAGCUAGCCAUGCCUUACCUGCCCCUACUCUCAACUGGCCUCAGGGUGUGCAGGUGAGGCAGCCUCUGCACAGAUGUGACCUGAGGGUGGCAUGGCACGAGACUUUAAACUGACAUAAUAAAGAUUUCUUUCUUAUCCUCCAGCUAUA